AUUGUAGUGGUUAAUAUAUAAAUAUGCUAUUCUGACAUUAUACUAACCAAUUUAGUUUUGUGAGGAAUAGGUACAUUUUUUUAAACCGUUUAUUUAGUGCCUGUCAAGAUAUCUGUGAUAUAAUUCUGGUCAUUACAUAUAAAAUGGAAACCGAAACCAGUGAAACAUUAUGUCGUGGUGUUGGAGAAAUAAACAUUAAUUCAGAGGGAAAAAGUGACGUAAAAGAAAAAGCUAAAACUAACGGGAAUGUAGACUCUAAAGUCCACGGUGAUGAAGGUUAUCAAGAACAUGACAAUCGUAUUACUCGGGAGGAUGUUACAUUACCAGAUUGUUUUAAAGGGAAACUAGCUUUUGUUUUACGGAACGUUCUCACAGAAAAGGAAUGUAAAGAUUACAUAAAGAAGACUGAGAAGAUGGGAUAUACAGAUGCGCUUGUAAAUAUCGGGGGAGGAAGGCAACAGAUGAUGAAAGAUGUAAGAAACAACACGAGAUGUAUUUGGGAUUCAUUCGAAGAAGCAGACAAAAUCUGGCAAAGGAUUAAACAAUUUAUACCUGACAAGUGGCGAAACAGAGAAGUAAUGGGAUUAAACGAAAGGUUAAGAUUUUUGAAGUACAAUCCUGGUGAAUAUUUUGCUCCACAUAUGGAUGGUAUGUACAUGAGGGAAAACGGAGAGAGAAGCUUUGUCACCAUACAAUUAUAUCUUAACCAGGGGUUUAAAGGUGGAAGCACAACAUUCAUGAGUUUCGCGGAAACGGAGAGAAUGGAAGUUGUACCGGAAACUGGUAUGGUGUUGGUCUUUCAGCACGAUAUAAUGCACGAGGGUUCUGCCCUUCUAGAAGGCAGGAAAUAUAGCAUGCGCACUGACGUCAUGUAUAGUGCGAACAUUAGCAAAUGAGUGAUGGGUUAAGAGCUGUGUAAAUUCUAGACUUCAUUGUACAAAUAUCUACAAGAACAAAUUAGAAAAAAACGGCAUUCUUAGUUAGGGUCUGCAGAUAUUCAUGAUCGAAUUCUUCUGUAGAUCACUAUUUGCCAGAUCUUUCUAAGUGUUAUCUUAAGUUUUUCACUUUAAGAACUGACUGAACAGUAGUUAGAAAAGACUGGGUUGAUUUGAGUAUAUCUGAAAAAUAUAACCCGAGUUACACUGAAAAGGACAGUUGCAUGCUGUGAAGAUAUUUGUUAAAAUACUGCUGGUCAGUUAAUGUAUACACCAAUAAGAAAAUUCAUCAGACAAACAAGUUUCUGCAAACAAACAACAAGAACGUAAUUUUAUUGUAAUUCAAAUAAACAAUAUUUUUACAAGAUAUCUCGAGCAGUGCUCCUGUGUUGAUAAUUUUAAGUAUUAUUAAUAUAUGUAUAUAUAUGUAUAUCAAUUUUUAUGCCAAUACUGAUGAAUUUCAUUAUGUUAUUUGUUACUGUUGUGAUUUAUACUGUGCAAUACAGCAACUGUUAGUUCUUGAUUACAAUAGGAACAUACAUUUGUAUAUAUUUCUUUUGUUAAUUAUUGCCGUUGCUUAUAGUAAAAUGUAUAUUAACAUAUAA